AUGUCCAACUGCGACUCCGAUUCCGAUUAUGAAUUGACACUUUCUGCUAAUGCCCUCGCUGCCCUUGAAGAAUUUAAAAAAGAGGAACAACAACAUCAAGAAGUCUUCCAAAAGCUCUACGACCAAACUGAUGAAGACUUCCAAAAGAAGAAAAAAGAAGAAGGGAUGAAACUCUUCAAGGAAGAUUGGCAGCUCUCCCAAUUUUGGUACAGUGAUGAAACAGCCGCAAUUUUAGCAGAUGCCAUAUUAGAAGGUGCUGAUGAAAAUACUGUAAUCGCAAUAGUUAGUGCGCCAUCUGUCUAUGCUGCUAUUCAAAAGAAACCUGUCAGUGAAAUUCCGACUGAACAUAUUUACUUGUUCGAGUUUGAUAGGAGAUUCGAGUUGUUAGCUGGAAAAGAUCAUUUUUUUUUCUAUGAUUACAACAAACCACUGGAAUUCAGUGAUCAAAUUAAGGGGAAAGUUGACAGAUUGUUAAUUGACCCACCUUUUUUGAAUGAAGAUUGCCAAACAAAAUCCUCUAUCACUGCAAAGUCCUUAUUAGCACCAAAUGACAACUCUAAAACUAAGAAUGGAGUUUCUAAGCACCGCCUCAUUAGUUGUACAGGUGAAAGAAUGUCUGAAGUCAUAUCCAAUGUUUAUUCGGAUACAAGAAUCACAACUUUUCUUCCUGAGCAUUCUAAUGGUUUGAGCAAUGAAUUUAGAUGUUACGCAAAUUUUGAGUGUGAUUCAUGGAAAUUUGCCUCUUAG